UAACUCAACUUCAGACGUCAAAAUCUGGCAAAAACAUACAUUUGGACGUGUUUUGAAGAAAUUAUCCAUGGAAAAAUUUAGGUGUAAAAUAUUAAUUUAACAAUUAAUGUGUAGUUAUAAAGUGGAUAUGACAAGUGCUAUAGUGUUGAUGUAAAACAAUUACUUAAAAGUGUCUGUGAGCAAGUUGUUAUUUGCUGUUAAACCAGGUGGCUGCUGGCGCCUAUCUGAAAACUGGCUGUUACUUGAAAAUGGCCGAUGACUCUGGCCAUUCAUCCUCACACUUAGAGAUGGCGCACGAGAGUGCGGGGGGCGCAGGCGGCGGGGCGGGCGCGGGCUCCCCGCACGCCGCCUCGCCGCCGCACGCGCCGCGCCUGCCCCACGACACCAGCUUCCACCACCAGAUCAUGCAGAGUCAGAGCCCAAGAAAGAACCAUAUUGCGGAGAGAGCAAAACAAAGCUUAGAGAAUGAUUUCCUGUUGCAACUGAAGAAGCAGCAGCAGCUGCAGCAGGAGAUCCUGUUGCAGCACUUCCAGCAGCAGCGGCAGCAGCUGGCCGAGCAGCACGAGCAGCAGCUCAGGCAUCAUCUAAAGCUGUGGGAGCAGCAGAAGGCGAUGGAGGAGGCGGCGCUGAGGGAGGCGCGCGAGGCGCGGGAGGCGCGGGAGGCUCGCGAGCGGCACGAGCGCGGCGAGCUGAUGCGUAAGAAGGACAAGCAAGAGCACAGCGCAAAUGCCUCCACGCAGGUCAAGCAGAAGCUGCAGGAGUUCCUUAAGAAGAAAGCUGCGGCGAAUGCAAAUGGAACAGUACCCGGUUCACCUUAUAGAAAUUGGGGUAUCGUAAAGUCAUCGUCAGGAGAAUCUAUAACGUCUACGGGCGCGACGGCGACCGCGCACCCGUACCGGCUGGCGGCGCCGCCCGCGCUGACGCUCAACACGGCGCCCCCGCAGCCCUCGCCCUCCGACUACCCGCUGCGGAAGACCGCGUCGGAGCCCAACAUGCUGAAGGUGCGGCUGAAGGCGCGCGUCAUCGAGCGCCGCGCAUCCCCGCUCGCGCGCCGCCCCCUCAAGACCAGGGUCAAGCACCGCAACUGCGAGGGCGGCUCCCCGCGCAACUCCCCGCCCGGCGCCACCGCCCCCAUCCGCGAGGAGGAGGAGGCGUGCUCGCGCGCCGCCGAGCUGCUCUUCUCCUCGCCCUCGCUCCCCAACAUCUCGCUGGGCCGCCCGCACGCGCACGCCCACGCGCACGCGCACGUGCCGCACGCCCACCAUGCGUCGCACGCACCGCACGCGUCUCACGCGCCCCAUGCGCCCCACGCGCCCGCAGCCGCCAAUGUGCCGGUGGCGUUGCCGCCCGUAUCGGAGGCGGAGGCGUACUGUCCGGGCGUGCUGGCGGCCGCCGGAGGGCUCGGCGUGAGCGCGCGCCUGGCCAAGCGGCCGCUGGGGCGCACGCACUCCGCGCCGCUGCCGCUCGGCGACCCGGCGCUGCAGCCGCCCAGUGCACACCAUUACCUCAGAGAUCAGAUACGGAAGACUGUGCUGACGCGCGCGCACGACGCGGCGGCGGCGCAGCUGCGCGAGGAGGAGGGCGAGGUGAUCGACCUGACAGCGCGGCGCGCGGCGCCCGUCACCAGCUCGCCCUCGGCGCCCCACGUGGGCGCGGCGGGGUGUAACGCGGUGUUAAUCCGCACAUUGAAUGUUUCCUCGAGUAUUAAUAAAAAGGUGUUAGAUUAG